AUAAAAGUCGCGAGAAUGGAUUACAAAUCAUUUAUCGCAAUAACUACAAUCACUCCACUGAUACCGAGCGAAGCUACUAGAAGCAAUGAGGAAGUGGGCGAUCCCUUCCGCUUUGAUUCUCCUGUGCCUCCUGUGUCUCAUCCCGGAUCAAGGAAGGAAGUUACAAGCAAAUGCAGAGGAAGGAGCUGUAGACCCUCCGAAGGUGGAGGAUAAGAUCGGUGCGGUGCCGAAUGGUUUGCAGACUGAUUCCGAUGUCGUUAAAAGGGAAUCAGAGUCGAUUUCGAAGAGAUCGCUCCGCAGUAAUGCGGAGAAGUUUGAGUUCCAGGCUGAGGUUUCUCGGCUCAUGGAUAUUAUUAUCAACUCUCUGUACAGUAACAAGGAUAUUUUCCUCAGGGAGCUGAUCUCUAAUGCUUCUGAUGCGUUGGACAAGAUUAGGUUCCUUUCCCUUACAGACAAAGAAGUUUUGGGUGAAGGUGACGAUGCUAAGCUUGAGAUCCAGAUUAAGUUGCAUAAAGAGAAGAAAAUUCUUUCAAUUCGAGACAGAGGUAUUGGAAUGACAAAAGAAGAUUUGAUAAAGAACUUGGGAACUAUAGCAAAAUCUGGAACUUCGGCAUUUGUGGAGAAAAUGCAAAGUAGUGGAGACCUGAACCUCAUUGGGCAGUUCGGUGUUGGUUUCUAUUCUGUAUAUCUUGUAGCAGACUAUGUUGAAGUUAUUAGCAAACAUAAUGAUGACAAACAGUACGUAUGGGAAUCAAAGGCUGAUGGGGCAUUUGCAAUUUCUGAGGAUACAUGGAAUGAACCACUGGGUCGUGGAACUGAGAUUAGGUUGCAUCUGAGAGAUGAAGCUGGAGAGUACUUGGAGGAGAGCAAAUUGAAGGAGUUGGUGAAGAAGUAUUCUGAGUUCAUUAACUUCCCUAUCUAUCUCUGGGAAAGCAAAGAGGUUGAUGUUGAAGCUCCUGCAGAUGAAGAUGAGACAACUGAUGAGGAGGAUACAUCUGAAAGCACCUCUUCUGAUGAAGGAGAAGAAGAUUCCGAGAAAAGUGAAGAUGAAGAGACUGAGAAGAAACCAAAAACAAAGAAGGUGAAGGAAACAACAUAUGAAUGGGAGCUUCUGAAUGAUGUUAAGGCCAUAUGGUUGCGCAGUCCAAAGGAUGUGACAGAUGAAGAAUACACAAAAUUUUAUCACUCUUUGGCAAAGGACUUUGGUGAUGAGAAGCCUAUGGCAUGGAGUCACUUCACUGCUGAAGGUGAUGUUGAGUUCAAGGCUAUUUUAUUUGUGCCUCCCAAGGCUCCACAGGAUCUUUAUGAGAGUUACUAUAACACCAAGAAAGCCAACUUGAAGUUGUAUGUUAGAAAAGUUUUCAUAUCUGAUGAAUUUGAUGAGCUCUUGCCAAAAUAUCUUAGCUUCUUGAAGGGCCUUGUUGAUUCGGACACUCUACCACUGAAUGUAUCUCGAGAGAUGCUUCAACAACAUGGCAGUCUGAAAACAAUCAAGAAGAAGCUCAUCCGAAAGGCCCUUGAUAUGAUCCGUAAAAUUGCUGAGGAGGAUCCUGAUGAGUCCACUGGCAAAGAGAAAGAAGAAGUUGAUAAAUCCAGUGACGAUGAUGAGAAGAACGGCCAAUAUGCAAAAUUCUGGAAUGAGUUUGGCAAAUCUAUUAAACUUGGUAUUGUUGAGGAUGCAACUAACAGAAAUCGCUUGGCAAAACUACUCAGAUUUGAGAGCACCAAGUCUGAUGGCAAAUUGACUUCACUUGAUCAGUAUAUCUCAAGAAUGAAACCCGGACAAAAAGAUAUCUUCUACAUUACUGGAACCAACAAGGAACAAUUGGAGAAGUCUCCAUUCCUGGAAAGGCUCAAGAAGAAAAAUUACGAGGUUAUUUUCUUCAUGGACCCAGUAGACGAAUAUCUGAUGCAAUACCUGAUGGAUUAUGAAGAUAAAAAGUUCCAGAAUGUCUCCAAGGAGGGUUUGAAAUUGGAGAAAGAUUCAAAGACUAAAGAACUCAAGGAGACAUUCAAGGAACUCACGAAGUGGUGGAAGGGUGCACUUGCCAGUGAGAAUGUUGAUGAUGUGAAGAUAAGCAACCGUUUGGACAACACACCUUGUGUGGUUGUUACUUCUAAGUUUGGAUGGAGUGCCAAUAUGGAGAGGAUCAUGCAAUCUCAAACCCUAUCUGAUUCAAGCAAGCAAGGAUACAUGCGUGGUAAGAGGGUGCUUGAAAUCAACCCAAGACAUCCAAUUGUCAAGGAGCUCCGGGAGAGAGUUGCCAACGACCCUGAGGACGAGAGUCUGAAGCAAACAGCUCAUCUUAUUUACCAAACUGCACUCAUGGAGAGUGGCUUCAUGAUGAAUGAUCCCAAGGACUUUGCCAACCGCAUCUACAGCUCAGUCAAAUCCAGCCUCAAUGUCAAUCCCGAUGCAGCAGUUGAGGAGGAAGGGGAAGUAGAAGAAGCUGAGGCUGAGACCGAGACAAAGGAAGAUGCUGGUGCUCCCAAGGUUGAAUCCGAAUCCGCAGAGGAUGAUGCAGAUACAGAGCCUUCUGCUGUUAAGGACGAGUUAUAGAUCUUCUGAAGCAUAGGCAACUCUGAUAUCUCUGCGAAUACAUUUUUUUUCAUGUAAUGCAUUCCAGUCUCUAGAUGAGAGCCCGGAAAUCCGCAUCUUGCAUUUCUACCCCUUUUUUUCCUCUUCUUUUUGGAAACUUUGUUUAAAGUGUUAAACAAAAUGUUUAGAUCGUAGAGCUGAUGUAACCAUAGUGUUCAAGAUUUGUCCUUAGCAUCUAAUUAAUUGUGGCCCAAAUGUUUUAAAUGAAUGAUCCACUUGUUCUCGGCUCUCGAGUGGGCUUGUUUCCUCAAAGGCUGAAACUGUGGUCGAAUAAAGGGCCCUCUUUUUU